AUACAUAUUAGAACAGUAUAUAACAUUAACUCUCUCUUUUAUUCCUAACAAUACUUUCCAGACUUUAUUCACGGUAUCCUCAAAAGUUGAAGCAAGUGGUAGUGGAGGAGAGUUUUGUCGUGCUGGUAGUAUGUGCCAUCUCUGUCUUACAGUUAUGCGCAUGUUACCUAGUGUUAGCCCAAAUCCUCCACCACAGUUAAUGUAUGAAGUUCUAGCAGACCAAACUAUGUGGGCGGUAUGUGGUCGGACUGCAGGCAUUGUGUCAUUAGAAGUAGUAGAAAAGCAAAGUGUUACAUUAGAUGUAAUGCCUCUGACAAGUGGUUAUUUGCCUCUUCCUGUUGUUAGAUUAUCUCGAUAUAUACCUGCAACAGAAUCGAAAAAUGAUAUCAUCCGUAAUAAAAAUGAUUUAGGAUCUGGUCCUCGAUUAGAACCAUUUAGUCCAGGACAAGUGUAUAAUGCCAGUAAAGCACAGCAAGUGCAUGUUCUGCCAGCAGUUCCAUCAGAAUCGAACUAAAAAUUUGUAAAUUGUUGUUAAAAACGUGUACACAUUUUGCUUCCUGUAAACACUUGGAUUUAGGAGAAGCUUUAAAAAAUAUUCAUAAUUUGUUUUUGUAUCAUGGCAAACAAUUGUGUAAAUAUUUUUUAUUAUUUGCACAAUCGGUAAAGGUAUAAAUUAUAUUAUUAAUAUAAAUGAAUAUUUUGAAAUCGACGUGUUAAAUAGGAUAGUUUAACAUUAUUUAUUUGUGUAAGAGAUUUGUAUGACAGUUUAUUUCAACUUUCUAUUACCAAAGCCAUUCAUACUUCAAAAAACUUGAAUUUUGCGAUUAAUAAUUAUAUAACGUGAUGCCAUAAAUUUUUUAUUGAAAAAUUGAUAGCUAAAGCUAUUUCUUACCAAUAGCAUAUGCUAUAAUAUAAAGCAUAUAUAUGUUUUGUAUAUUAGAAAAUUUAAUAUAUAUAUAAUUUGUUGUAUUAUAUUUUAUAUUUAAAUUAGAUUUAAUGGAAAGAUAAUGAAGAACGUGUUAUUGCAAUAAUAUGAUGUAUAUAUAUUAUAUUGGAGAAACACCAGAAAAUAUCCUAUUUCUUGACGAUUCUGUUUCUUAUCAAUUAUGAUAAAUGUCGAGAAAGCUUAUUUUAGCCAUGUGUUAAAUUAUGUACUUAUAUUUUUGUCAUUUUGCAUUGUGCACAUGACAAAUAAUUCUUUUCCACAUACAUUGACGUUUUUAUCUUUUUUCUAUUCUACACAUCUAUAUUUGGAGUUUAUUACUGUAUGAGUUUCCCACACAAUAUAUAACACUUCUCUCUCUUGUUUAAAAUGUUUAGAUAUUUCGGACCAUCUUAAUUUUAAGAGAAAUGGUAAUAUAAGAAUUUUUCUUAUAUGAAAUAUAGAUAUAUGUAAAAUCUAUAUAAAUAUUUGUUAUAUACACAUAAGCUUGUGAAUAUAGAUUGUGUUACAUAUUUCUAUUUUUUAACUUGUAAGUAUAAUAAUCCUUACAGAUAUAAUUUUGGUACGUAAAUUAGAAGUUUAUUUAAUACUAUGUAAAAAUAUAUACAUUUUGUUUUUUUAAUAAUAUUUAUAUUUUAAAUAUAUACAUACAUAGAAAAGAAAAAUAUAUGAAUUGCUUAUAUUAGUAUUUAUUCAGAAUUGGAGAUAUUAUUAGGAAGAUUUUCUCUUGUGUUGCCAUGUUUUCUCUCUCUCUAAAAUGUUAUAAUUUUCUAUUUACAAUAAGUUUAAUUUUUAAAUGUAGGGUAAUCACACGUACAAUACUCUUGACUAUUGAUCUUCAUAUGUUUCUUAAAUUAAAAAUAUUUCUUUAAAAAAACUCACUCCAAUAUUUAUAUAAAACUAUGUUUUUUCUUAGUUACCUCACUUUUAUAUGCAUAUAAGAGAAACACAUUUUAUACUACUUAUUAUAUUUAUUAUUAUAUUU